AUUCAAGUCGAGGUUUUAUCCUUCUCUGCGCCACGCAUUUGCUUGGCUCACUUUGGUAUUGGUGGUUUUGGCGCACAGCUCUUCGUCCAGACAACAGAACUCCGCAACCAUGGCUCGUGAGAAGAAGGAACCGCGCGUGAAGAGAGAGCGUAAGGGCAAGAAGGAGUCGCGCAAGAAAGCGGCUGAGGAGAAGAAAGCUGCUGAGAAGGCCGAGGCGCUUGAGAACAUGUCGCUAGCCGACCGCCUCGCCGAGGAAGGCAUUAUCGCCACCUGCUCGCACAAUGUGCGCUCUGUCCACAAAAACUUCAAGGACAUUAACGUGCUCAACUUCAGCAUCACAUACUUCGGCAAGGUGCUCAUGGAAGAGUGCGACAUUUCGCUUAACUAUGGCCGUCGCUACGGUCUCAUUGGCCGCAACGGUUCUGGUAAGUCUACCUUCAUGAACGUGCUGGGUGCGCGUGGCAUUCCCAUCCCGGAGAGCAUCGAUAUCUACCACCUUAAGCACGAAAUCGAAGCUAGCGACAUGACGGCGCUCGAGGCCGUGCUGUCUGUCGACGAGGAGCGUAACAAGCUCCAGGCUGAAGCUGACUUGCUCUCGGAGCAGAUGACCGACGAGUCUCUCAGUGAGGAGGAAAGUGAAUCCAUCUCGGACCGCCUCACGGACCUGUAUGAGCGUCUCGACGACAUGGAUGCCGCUACGGCCGAAGUCCGUGCUCGCCAGAUUCUUGCUGGUCUGACGUUUUCUGACGCUAUGAUGAACAAGAAGACCAAGGAGUUCUCUGGUGGUUGGCGUAUGCGUAUCGCUCUCGCUCGUGCUCUGUUCAUUCAGCCGACGCUUCUGCUACUCGAUGAACCGACCAAUCACUUGGACAUGGAGGCUGUUGUCUGGCUUGAGGACUAUUUGUCCAAGUGGAAGAAGAUUCUGCUCAUGAUUUCGCACUCGCAGGAGUUCAUGAACGAGGUCUGCACGAACAUCAUUGACCUCACCAACAAAAAACUCGAGUACUAUGCCGGUAACUACGAUACGUACGUGCGUACGAAGGCCGAAAAGGAGGAAAACCAGAUGAAGCGCUACAACUGGGAGCAGGACCAGAUCAAGCACAUGAAGGAAUACAUUGCCAAGUUCGGUCACGGUUCCGCCAAGCUUGCUCGUCAGGCUCAGAGUAAGGAGAAGACGCUGGCCAAGAUGGUGCGUGAAGGUCUUACGGAGAAAGUCGAGAAGGAGUCGAUGGGCGACUUCAAAUUCCCCAACCCGGAGCCGCUGCCGCCUCCGGUGCUUAUGUUCCAGAACGUGGCGUUCGGUUACCCGAACUGCCCUCUGCUGUACUCUGGCGUCGAGAUGGGUCUGGACUUGGACUCCCGUGUCGCUCUUGUUGGUGCUAACGGUACUGGUAAGACCACGCUGCUGAAGUUGAUCACAGGCGACUUGGUGCCUGUUGCUGGCAAUGUUCGACCACACAGCAAGUUGCGUAUUGCUCGUUUCAGUCAGCACUUCGUCGAUGUGCUGGAUCUGUCCAAAUCUCCGCUUGAAUACUUCCGUUCGCUGUUCGAGACUAAGUCGGUUGAGGAAGUGCGAAGCUACCUGGGCCGAUACGGUAUCACCGGUGAGGUGCAGACACAGAUCAUGGGUCAGUUGUCUGACGGUCAGAAGAGUCGUGUUGUGUUCGCUUACAUGGCACAGCAGAACGCUCACAUGCUGCUGCUUGAUGAGCCAACGAACCACUUGGAUAUGGAGUCGAUCGAUGCGCUGGCUCGCGCCAUUAACAACUUCAAGGGUGGCAUGCUGCUGGUUAGUCACGACAUGCGAUUGAUUUCCCAGGUUGCCAAGGAGAUUUGGCUUGUGGAGAACCAGUCUAUCAAGGUGUACCAGGGCGAGAUCUCCGACUUCAAGAUGCGUGUGCGUAAGCAGCUCAAGCUGGCGGACAAGGAGCCCGUCAAGCCUGCUGACGAGUAAAUGCGCUCGCCAGUUGAUCGCUCAUUAGAUGCUUGCUACAUGUAGAACUGCUGUGGCGAUACCGUCGCCAUUCUGUUCAUAUUUGAUUCUGUUUGCCAACUGAUAAAGCAUAGAUUGGAAAAUCAGACGUUGGCUCUUGAUAUCCUUUUUCUUAAACUUAGUCUUCGUCUGCUU